GGCGGGGCGGAGCGGAGCGGUGAUGGCGGCGGUGGCGGAUCGCGGUCCGUGCUCGGUGCUGGCGGCCGCCCGCGGAGCGUACGAGGCGGCCUUCGGUGGGGCGGCGGCCGUGGCUGCGUGGGCCCCUGGGAGGGUCAACCUCAUCGGCGAGCACACCGACUACAACGGCGGCUUCGUGCUGCCCAUGGCCCUGCAGCUGGGCACGGUGCUGGUGGGCUCCCCCACGCAGGACGGGACCAUCUCCAUCCUUACCACCGCGCCGGGGGCGGACGAACCCCAUAGGGUGCGGUUCCCGGCUCCCACCCAAAGCCGCCCCCUGAGCCCGGGGCGACCGCACUGGGCCAACUACGUCAAAGGUGUGAUCCAGCACUACCGGGGCGGUCCCGUGCCGGGUUUCAAUGCUGUGAUUGCCAGCGAUGUCCCCCUUGGCAGUGGCCUUUCCAGCUCUGCCUCUCUGGAAGUGGCCACGUACACCUUCCUGCAGCAGCUCUGCCCCGACGAUGGUGAUUUGGUGGCCAAGGCUCUGGCGUGCCAGCAGGCAGAGCACACGUUUGCCAGCGUGCCCUGUGGGAUCAUGGAUCAGUUCAUAUCUGUGAUGGCCAAAGAGAACCACGCACUGCUCAUCGACUGCAGGUCCUUGGAUGCCGUCCCCGUCCCUCUGCGUGAUGCCAACCUGGCUGUCCUCAUCACCAACUCCAACGUACGGCACGCGCUGACGGGCAGUGAGUACCCAACACGGCGGCGGCAGUGCCAGGAGGCAGCAGCAGCACUGGGCAGGACCACCCUGCGGGACGUCACCAUGGCCGAGCUGGAAGCAUCCAGGAGCCGGCUGGGUGAGGAGGUGUACCGCCGUGCCAGGCACGUCGUUGGUGAGAUGGAGCGCACGGCGCGGGCGGCGCAGGCACUGCGGGAUGGGGAUUAUGUCACGUUUGGGAUGCUGAUGGUGGAGAGCCACAACUCCCUGCGGGAUGAUUACGCUGUGAGCUGCCCGGAGCUGGACCAGCUGGUGGAGGCAGCCCUGGAGGUCGAUGGGGUGUAUGGCAGCCGGAUGACGGGGGGAGGUUUUGGGGGCUGUACGGUGACACUGCUGGUGGCCGAGGCUACGGAGAGAGCCCAGCAGCACAUCCAGGAGAAGUACAGUGGCACAGCGACCUUCUACAUCACCAAACCCUCGGAUGGGGCAAAGGUGCUGCCCUUGUAGAGAAGAUAACACAGCAGCCCUGCUGGGAUCACCUCCUUCCCAAGGAGCACAAACGCCUGGAGCACAUCUUCCUCCAUCUGCUGCUGGGGGUGGAGGGCUCGGUGGGGGAAUAAUAUAAUUAAAAAAAACAACAAAGGAACGGGCAAUCUGUAGAGAAAACCUUUAUUAAGUGCACGGAGCUGCUGCUGGGUUGACCUGAAGCACCAACAGCCCUGGGGACCAGGUGAGGAUUAAAAAGCAAUGCAGCCAUGAGUGCACACGUGUGCACGGGGAAGGUGCUCUGCUAUGGACAGAACAACGUUGGGGUAGGAUGCUGCAAAGGGGCCUGGACUCAUUCUUCUCAGUGCUUCUCAUCAGCCGUGGUCCAAACGUAUCCUCAGCCCUCUUCAUAGAUCUCAUUCACCUCCAUUGUUUGUUGUUGUUUUUUUUUAAUAUAAAAUAAUAAAAUACAUUUAUAUAUUUAUAUAUAUAUACUACCAAAACUGUACAAUGUUGUAUGCAAAAA